UUCAGUGUGUCAGCCAUUUUGGGUGGUUGGGCAUCCUACUCCAAACUUACCUCCAGCAAUGACGAUGACUGGGUAGAUCGACUCAACCACCUGUACACUGUCAUCCUCCUGGCCAUCUUUGCCGUCUUUAUCAGCGGCGGUCAGUAUGUGGGGAAUGCCAUCGAGUGCUGGUGUCCAGCCCAUUUCACGGGGGCAUUCAUCGCGUACACAAAGUCCUACUGUUGGGUGAAGAACACCUACUACAUCCCGCUGGACACACCAAUACCAGUGGCCAAGGACGAGAGAAGCAGUGAAGAGAUUACCUACUACCAAUGGGUCCCCAUCAUCUUGUUGUUCAUGGCAUUCCUCUUCAAAUUUCCGGCAUUGGUGUGGAGAAUGUUCAAUGGGGCAUCAGGUAUCAACAUGGACAAGAUAGUCACAUUGACUGCCACCACCCAGAUUGGGGCCCAGGACAAGAGGGACGAAACGGUCAGCCAUAUAGCCAUCUACAUGGACCGCUGGUUAGAAGCCCACAGGCAGUACCGUUUUAACAUCAUGGUCAGGAUGCGGCAAAAGGCUUCAAGAUUUUUCUGUUUCUUCUGUGCUAAGCGGGACGGCACCUUUCUGACCGGGCUGUACAUCUUUGUCAAGAUUCUCUUUGUUGUGAAUGUAAUCACACAGUUCUUUCUCCUCAAUGCAUUCCUUGGCGGCUGGUACAACCUCUACGGCUUUGAGGUCCUUGAGGGACUAGCCACUGACCACUACUGGCGAGACUCCCCGAGGUUCCCCAAGAUCACGCUUUGUGACUUUGAGAUCCGUCAGCUCCAAAAUAUCCAGACGUAUACAGUCCAGUGCGUCCUUCCUGUCAACUUGUUUAAUGAGAAGAUAUUCAUCUUCCUCUGGUUCUGGUUUGUUUUCGUGGCCGUCUGCACUUGUGGCAACUUCCUGUUUUGGAUAUGGAGGGCUCUGUUCCGCUCCAACCGAGCUUCCUACAUCAAGAAAUACAUGAAAGUGCUGGACCAGAUCCAUGGCGAGGAAGACAAGAAGCUUGUGCGCAGGUUCGCUGACCAGUACCUUCGGGACGAUGGGGUGUUUAUUCUGCGACUGAUUGCCAGGAAUACAAGUGAUAUCCUGCUAGGGGACAUUAUUCUGAAGCUGUGGAAUACAUACAAGAACAAGCCAGUAAUCAAGAAGAGUUUAGAAGGAGAAAUGGGACGUUACGUGGACACAGAGGCUUAG